CUAAACACAGCUAACUGGUCACAGUCAGUCAGAGUUCUACUCUCUACAGGCUGUGUCCUAUUCAAUCAUGUACUCAGAUCAGACUUCUGUACAGGUGGCCCAGAAACCCAGUGAACCUGGGACAUCCAACGGACUUCAUAAGCUGAGUCGUUUGGAACAGCUGGAGCCAGAGGAGUCACUGGACAGAGAGGACCCCCGAGAAUACUGCCAUGGGGGGUACCACCCUGUUCACAUUGGAGACACCUUCAACAGGAGAUACCAGGUUCUGUCUAAGUUGGGCUGGGGAUACUUUGCCACUGUUUGGCUCUGCUUGGACCUCAGGUUGGGCAGACGAGUGGCCGUGAAGGUUUUGAAGAGUGGAGAAGGAUUCACACAGGCUGGGCAAGAUGAACUGACUCUGCUACUUUGUGCCAGUGGUCCCACUGCCCGUCACCCCCACAGCCGGAGGAUAGUCCAACUGCUGGAUGAGUUCAAGAUAGCUGGGGUCAACGGAGUCCACGUAUGCCUAGUGCUGGAGCUGCUGGGACCAGACCUCUGCUGUUGGCAGGUCUGUUUUGGAAACCCAGGGCUAUCGCUGUCUUGGGUCAAACAGGUCAUUGCUCAGGUUCUGCAGGCGUUGGACUACCUGCACACUCAAUGUAAAAUCAUCCACACAGACAUCAAGCCUGAAAAUAUACUGCUAUGGAUGAAGGAGCAGAUCCCAAAACAGACAGCAGGGGGCAGUGCAUGUCCUCCAUUCCUUGGGGGAAAUGCCAAGUCAAGGAGUAGAGCAGAGAAGGAGCUGGUGACUCCCAUCAGUCUGAAGGAGGUCACAGUAAAGAUUGCUGACCUGGGAAGCUCCUGUUGGGUGUACAAACAUUUCUGUGAGGAGAUCCAGACCCGUCAGUACCGCUCACUAGAGGUUCUAUUGGGCUCUGACUACGGCCCACCAGCAGACAUCUGGAGUGUAGCCUGCAUGGCUUUUGAGUUGGUCACUGGAGAUUCAUUGUUUGAGCCCAGAGCUGGGAAGACCUUUUCCUUAGAGGAAGACCACAUCGCUCACAUAAUAGAACUUCUAGGCAAAAUCCCAGCAGCAGUCGCCUUGUCUGGCAAAUAUUCCAUUGAGUACUUCAAUCGCAGAGGUGAAAUGCAUCGUAUCGGGGUGCUGCGGCCCUGGGGUCUGUAUGAGGUGCUGGUGGAGAAAUACCACUUCCUGCUGAAGGAGGCCUCUCUGUUCUCUGACUUCCUGUUGCACAUGUUGGACUUCCAGCCCGAGAGGAGGGCCAGUGCUGCCCAGUGUCUCCUGCACCCAUGGCUUAGCUCCUGAGCCCUGGUCUUGGAGACCUGAUAGUCCCGCCCAUGGGGACCACACGGAGCCAACUUGAUACCAAGUUAGUAGAUACAUGUGUUAUGUUAGUGGACCUGCAGAAACAAACCGAGUGGUGCUCAAUCACUAAGACUAGGGGAGGAUAUACACUAGAAAUGUUUGCCUAUUGGCCCCAUGCCAAUGCUCUCUGUGGAAUGUAAUAUUUUAUGUACAUUUUUAAAGUAAGACUACAUUUCUUCUGAUAAAUGUAUGGAGCAUUUGAUUAUAUAUAAAGCAGUGGAGGCUGGUGGGAGAAUCUAUAGGAGGAUGGGCUCAUCGUAAUAGCUGGAAUGGAAUUGAAUAAAU